AUGGCUGAGUCUGCAACGAAAAAGACAUCAGCUUCGAUGAUGAUGAUGCCAGACUGGACGCAGCUCCCUGAAGAGAUACUUGAGUUUAUCUCCGAGAAACUGGACAACUGUUUCCAAGUUAUUCAUGCUCGUUCUGUUUGCAGCUUCUGGCGAUCCACAAUCCCCUUUCCUUGUAGCCUGUUACGCCCAAGUUACUCUCUUCCCACCUAUCCUAUUGAGAAGGUAGGCUUGUGCUCCCUUGAGAAGAUCCCUAUGUUCCUCUUUAGAGUCCGUACUCUUGAUGAUGCUGCGUCGGCUUCUGUGUUUUUCCUGGGACGAAUAGGCCGUAGGGAUCAUAUAGAGCUUUCAUCUCCUAUUCAGUGCUCAGUGAGAGUGAAGAUUGGAGAAUCAGAUCCAACCUUGAUCAACAUGCUAGAUUGUCAGAUCCUCUCUCUGGGGCAUCAGUAUAGAUUGAUAAACUGGAGUCCUGAGGGAGUGAAAACAACUACAACAAGUGUGGCUUGUCUUCCGCUAAAUAAGGAAAGAAGAAUGGAAUUUGUUGUGCUUGUCAACUACCAAGGAGCUUUGUUUGUAUUAACAAGUGGUGCCAAAAGGAAGUGGAAGCUGCUUGAGAACAACAACUGUGGUUAUCGAUCCUUAUUCCCUGGACGUGACUCUCCUGAUUCCAUUGGAGCCUCAAGGAUAUUUCCAACAUCUGGUAAUGAUGAACUCCUCCUGCUUGACGAUCUCCAACGUAGCCGGGCCGCAUGUAGACUGAGUAGGCUAGACGAGGAGGAGGGUAAAUGGGUCGAGGUCACCGAUUUGGGAGACCGUGUUUUGUUUAUUCAUCGUGGACACUUGGGAAACGUAUGCUGCUCGGCUAAAGAGUUUCCUGAUGGUUGUUGCCUGACCGGGAACUCAAUUCUGAUCACCCGUGGGACAGGCGAAGAAGUAUGGGGCACCUUGAAAUGUGAUGGAAGAGAGGAAGACUACCUCAGGUGA